AUGUCGGCUCCACCUGCUUCCUUCUGCCCUGCCCCAAAGACAAUGGACGACUUUCUAGAUUCUGGCAUGGUCAAAGUAAAACACCCUGCCCAAAGCAACUGCGACAUUUGUCUCGAAAAGUUUACUACUAGUGACUAUGCUGUCCAAAUCCGUGGCAUUAAUGGCUGCAGGCACAUAUUCGGCCGCAAAUGCAUCACAACUUGGCUCUAUGAGCAUAGCACUUGUCCUGUGUGCCGUGUUAAGCUUCACGGAUCAUACCGCCCACCAUUUGUGUCUUCGAUUCCAGAGGAACUUCAACACGAAGAGCCGCAUCGGUUCCCACCUCAUCCAAUAGCCAUUUAUCUUUUGGCUAGUCUCGGCCAAGCCGAUUCAUCCUCCCGCGACGCAUCCUCCUUCACUGGCAUUACCUCCUACAUCGAAGACGCAUUGCCAAGACGCCAGCCUCAGACAUUCAUGCCUGAUCUCAGUCAAGAGGCUGAGCCAGGAAGUCGAUAUCCGACACAUGGGCGUGCAAUUAGUCCACCACUCACCCCAGCUGCCCGACAGCAACGAAGGCACCGCAUUUUGACGCAAUUACGCAUGACUCGCGACUCGCGAGAACAUUAUGAAGCCGAAUUGCAGAAUUCCCACGGCUAUGAAUCAAUUCUUUUGCAGCGGAUAAGUGCGUUGUUGGCCGCGGAGGCCAGGUUGAUGAGGGAGCUGGACGCAGUUCCAACGGUACCAGCGGCUGAACCUGUUACUCGCAUAAUCGUGGCGCGGUUUUCGAUAACAGAUGCCAAUACGCAAGAAGAGGGGCUGUCAGACACAAAACCAACGUCAUGGGUCAGGAGAGUCUUUCGCAAGAUAGGAGAGCGGUUUGGCUAUAGAUCCUGA